AUGGCGAGUAACAAUGGACAAAAUGGUGCCGGCGCCUCGGCAAAUCACGUGCACCAGCAGCAGCAGCCGCCAUUCGUUCCAGUUUCUACGGCCCAGCAGCAGCAAUUUGCGUCCAUCCCGCCCCACCAACCGCAAGCCCAGCUCAAUAACGACAUGUUCGUGCAAAUGUUGACCAUGAUGCAGCAGCAGCAUUAUGACAUGUUGGUCCAAUUUGCCCGGCAGCAGCAGCAAUUUACUCAGCAACAGCAGAGGAACGAUGAAAGGCAAGAACGUCUUUUUCAAUCCUUCGCUUCGUCCAUCAAAGUGCAAGUACCACCCAACACGGAACUCAUCCUUGACUCUCUGGCCAGCAAUAUCAAGGAAUUCCGUUUCGAAGCCGACUCCAACGUGACGUUUGCUGCGUGGUACUCGAGAUACGAUGAUCUCUUCGAGAAGGAUGCUGCUAAGCUGGACGACGAAGCAAAAGUCCGCCUUUUACUGCGGAAAUUGGGUGCAUCUGAACAUGAGAGGUAUGUGAGUUACAUUUUACCAAAGUUGCCGAAAAAUUUCACGUUUGCCGAAACGGUGGCUAAGCUCAAGAGCCUGUUCGGAGCUGAAGAAUCGGUAAUUAGCCGUCGUUACCGAUGCCUGCAGAUUGCGAAGAAUCCUGUAGAAGACCAUGUGGCUUUCGCUUGCCGAGUAAAUAAAGCUUUCGUGGAGUUUGAGCUUGGCAAGCUCUCCGAAGAGCAAUUCAAGAGCUUGGUCUACGUCUGUGGUUUGAAAUCGGAGAACGACGUCGAGAAUCGCACGCGCCUUCUCGCGCGCCUUCUCAUCCGGACGUGCCUCGAGCUUCUGCGUCCCCCGCCGGUACGAACGACGACCGCAAGGAACCAAGGACCUUCGGCAAAAAGGACCCCUUAUACGCUAAACUCUAUGGUCAGAAUGGUUGGAAAUGGGCCCCCGGUGUCGUCAUCGAGAAGAUAG